AUGGCUGCCCUCGCCUCCUCCCUCAGCUCCGUUGCUGCCGCAGCAACCCUGAAGGUGGCUGUCAGCAGCAAGGUCUCUACCUCCCGUGUUGUGAGGUUGACCGUCCGUGCCGAGGAGAAGGCCGCUGCCGCUGCUCCUAUCGGCCCCAAGCGCGGUGCCACCGUGAAGGUCCUCAGGCCCGAGUCGUACUGGUUCAAUGACACCGGCAAGGUCGUUUCCGUUGACCAGAGCGGCAUCCGCUACCCCGUUGUCGUGAGAUUCGAGAAGGUGAACUACGCCGGCGUGUCCACAAACAACUUCGCUGUGGAUGAGGUCGUUGAGCUCUAA